AUGUCCCAGCCGUCUUCGACGAGCUCGGAAUGUCUGUUGCCAUACAAAGACAGGGGUAUGAGAGAUCUUUCAGGCAUCCAACAGCAGUUUCAUUUGCAGGAACUCUCCACGCAGUCUCUGGAUAGGCCUGAAGGGCUUUCCGCACCUGCCAGGGACAGAUCUGUGGGCCACCCCAUGGGUAUUCCCAAGUCCAAGACCAUGAGCAGUCUACUGUCCUCUCCACGCGUUGCGACGCCUAGAAGACGCCUGCUUCAGCCUCUUGGCCCACCGCUUCCGAGAACUCAGACCUUGGGCAGCUUAUCAUGCUUCGGCCCUGCAAGCUUGACACCCUCGCCUAGGAAAGCCCCCUACGUUGCAAUGCCUUCAUUCCAUCGGCGCCAUGACACUAGCGAGAUAAACAUGACAGACGCUUUGCAGGAAAGUAGGAUGACGGAGAAAGAGGUGCAAAUGAUGAAACAGGUGCAAAGAGAGGCUGCUGCAAAUCGUACUCGUCUGAGAAACUCUUUCGGCAACUCUCCGCAAAAGGGCAAUUCUGGUCCUGACCGCAGCCAGAUCUCAGGCCCUCCGACCUCAAAGGGAAUCGAGGAUAUCGCUACCAUCAGGCUGCCGGCCAAUGAUAGUGGUAACGCUAGGCAUCUUGGAGGCUUCCAGAGGAGUUCACAUCAUGGACCUUUUCUGUUUGUCAAUUCGACCAUGGCGAAUUCGAAUGGUCCUGACGACGGCCCACCCACUACAACCACCGUCGGCAGCACCGCCAGCUCAUGCCAAAGCGAAGGAAUGAACCAUAUCAACCAGGUCUAUUCGGCGGAGAACUCACAAUACUGGACCGGUCGUUAUGUGUCGCUAUGCGAUCAUCUUCGAACGGAAGAGAUGAGCCAGGCGAAGAGCCUGUCGCCGUUGGACACGACCAACCGGAAAGCGGAACAUCUUCUCGAUAACAGGGAGAAGGAUCGAAUGAGGACUGCCCUCAACGAGCUUAAAGGGUCCUGUAGGACAAAGGAAGCGGUCGACAGCUUCGAGGACUUUGAGAUACAGUUGCUCAAGAAGUUCGGAGUAUCACGUCAAACACUCCACCGAACUGGUAACUUCUCAGUUGGCGAUAUCAAUCAUGACAGGAAGGAGAAAAUUCCAGGUCGCGCUGGGUUGAAGCCUGUGACGGGAUCGAAUGCACCGCAAUCGCCACGAAAUAGUUCGGCAACCACGAGUAGAAUCUCGAGUGUCAAUGCCGAAGCUGUCAUGAGUCUUCGAUCAAGCAAGUUUUAUGGCAACGGCGGUUUUGCGAAGAGCAAGACAACUGGCAAUCUGGCUUCUCUUCUUCCAACCAUACCAAAGAAGCAACCCGUUUCUACGUCCAGCUCUGCGACGAUGCCGAGUACUGAAGUGAAGACUUCGCUCAGGAGAAGGACAUCUUUCUUUGACCGCUCUCCCGAGACCCUGAACGAGUCACUGAAAUGUCGAAAAGAUCAGGCCGCACCGAGGGCAGUUGAGGCAUCCAGGAGGUCAACUCCUCGUUUCUCGUCUUUCGGGUUCCCCAAGAGCGAAAGCCAAACCAGGCUGCUGUCAUCUUCUCGAAUUGCUGUCCGACCAGAGCAGGACCGGUGUGAAAGCAAGAUUAGGAAGGUCAACGCUUUCGACUCAGUGGUUGGAUCCUUGGACUGCGCAAUGCUUGAAAGUGGGCAUCCACUACCUCCCCUUCCAACUCGAGACACUGGGUCUCCUCGAGUACACGUUGUCAAGGUGCCAGGUGGAGGUAGAGAAAAGCUCGUCAAGUCUCGGCGUAAGGUCGACCGCCAGAUCAGCGGAGAGAUUGUGAGGAAUUUUCUCGGGGCGGGAAUGAGAGAAGUGAAGAAGAUGGGGCGCAGAGUCGGUGGGUGGGGAGGUAGUAGCGAGGACUUGUUGCUGCCAGAUUACAAGUAG